CCCACUUCUACCCCAGAGUCGUUCUGAAAAGCACAUAUAGGGCAGGAUGUGGGGUCGUCUACUCGAUCCCCUUCGAUGUCUACUCCCUUUCACUACUCACACUCAAUCCGAAAAACACCUUUGAGACUCUGCAAUGUCUGAAGCCAAGAUCUACGACAAGGGUCAAUCCGAAUACGUGGAAGAUGUCAACCGUGCUGGAGAUAUCGACCAAGCCAACGAGCAAGCUAGGCUGGACGAUGCCGAGCUGAUCGCCGGAGAGGCAACCGAAAAGUUGACCGGUUUUGUCUACUUUUUGAGUAUCACCGCCGCCAUCUCCGGUUUCUGUUUCGGAUACGAUACAGGGGUCAUUAGCGCCUCGCUCGUCAGUAUCGGAGACGACCUGGGACACUACCUCAACAAUACCGAGAAAGAAUGGAUCUCUUCGGGAACCUCUGUUGGCGCUCUGAUGGGCGCUUUAGUUGGGGGUUCUCUCGCCGACAGAAUCGGCCGUAAAUGGGUACUCGCUGUCGGAGAUGCCUGUUUUGUUGUAGGAGCCAUCAUCAUUUGCGCUGGAUUUUCCGUCGCCCAAGUCAUUGUCGGUCGAAUUGUCCUCGGGUGGGGUGUUGGAAUCGCUGCCGCCGUCGCGCCUCUAUACAUCGGUGAAUUGUCUCCCACACGAUUCCGAGGCGCUCUUGUCACCAUUCAGUCCAUCGCGAUCACGGGAGGGCAGUUCUUCAGUUACUGUAUCGGUGUCCCGCUCACCGGUCAACACGGCUGGCGAAUCCAAUUUGCCAUCGGUGUGGUCCCUGCUCUCAUGCAAGCUGCAGCUAUCCAUUUCCUUCCUGAGAGCCCUCGAUACUCCCUCCUCAAAGGUCGUCGCGAGCAGGCUCGUUUGACUUUGGACCGAUCGUACAGCAGCAUGUCGUCCCGGUACAUCGACCUCAAGUUUGCAGCCCUGGAAGAGAACGUCAAGAUCUCUGCUCGACUUGUCGAGUCGACCACGCUUUGGCAACGCUGGAAGAUGGUCCUCACGCACGGACCUUAUAGGCGACCUGCUAUUACGGCCUUGGGAAUCGGUAUUUUCCAGCAAUUGUGCGGUUUCAACACCUUGAUGUACUAUUCUGCCACUAUUUUUGCCAUGGCCGGAUUCGACAACCCAACCGCUACCGGUCUCAUCGUCUCGGGUACCAACCUCUUCUUCACCAUCGUCGCCAUGUUCCUGUUGGAUCGAGUCGGCAAACGACGCAUCUUGCUCUGCACUCAGCCUGGAAUGGUUGCCGGUCUCGCUCUCGCUGCCGUUGCAUUUGCCAAAAUGACUGCAGACACUGGUGGCAAGCUGAUCGAAGGGCAAGAUUACCCCAAGAACUGGUCCAACAUGAUGUUGGGAAUGAUGGUCGUCUUCAUCGCCUUCUACGCGACUGGUUCAGGUAACAUCACAUGGCAAUGCGCCGAGCUUUUCCCUCUCGAAUUGCGAGGAAUGGGAUCUGCUAUCUUGGCUGGAGGUGUCUGGGCCGCCAACAUCGUGAUCAGUGCCACCUUUUUGACCAUCAUGGAGCAUGUGGGAGCAGCCGGUGCUUUCGGUAUCUACGCUGGAAUCUGUGCUCUCGGCUUCAUCUUUAUCUAUUUCUUCUACCUCGAGGUCAGCGGUCUGUCGUUGGAGGAGGUACAAGAAUGUUACAAGCACGGAUUCGGGAUUCGCAAGUCCAAGGAGAUCAGGGCCGCUCACAGGCUGGCCUACAAGGAGCGCGACGAACAGGCCGCGCACGGUCCCCUUUGAAACGUCCAAGCGACUUCCUAUAGGGCCCAGAGAGACGCUAAUACCGGAGGAUUAGUGAGAUUAUGAAGACAGUGAUGAAGGGAAAUAUUGUAUCGCAGUAACAAACGGGAUCGAGAAACUGUUGUGCGAAUCGGUUGUUUGGUUGUCAAUAAGAAACAGGGAAUAUAUCAAAUGCAAUGAAGAGCUUGUCGAGCAAGUGAUUAAAUUGUGUCGGGC